AUGAAGCGGGCGCUCGCGGACGGGCUCACGGGCGGGGGCGUCGCGGCCGCGCUCGAGACCCGCGGGUUCAGCGGCGUGUCGAUCGAGGUGAUCUCGAUCGAAGAGAACGACGGCACGUUGCCGCCGGUCCCUGCGCGACCGACGCCGACGGCGGAGGCCGCUGACGGCGCCGGCGCGCAGGCGUUCGGGACGAUCCUCGUGCCUGGGUCCGGCAAGCAGCGCGUGUACCUGCGCGCGGAGGGGGCGGUUGCGGAGGUGAUGCUGCAGGCCUCGCAAACGACGUGGGUGAUGGGCAGCGCGGAGUUCACCGUGAAGCUGUACGUCGACACGAGCGUCGUGCGCGGGGGCGUGGCCUUGACGGAGGACGUCUUCGCCGCCACGCGGUGCUCCGUGCUCUCCGUGGCGCGUGACGGCGUCGACGGGCGCUUCCUGGUGCGCGUGGCGCUCGCGGCCGACCUCGGAGCGCGCGGGGCGGAGGUCGCGACGCUCUCGCUGCCGUUCGGAGCCGUCCGGGCCGCGGGUGUCAGCGGAACUGUCGUGAACCAGGCCUCAAACACCAUCCAGGUCUACGCGAGGCAACGCGCCGCCACCCCGCAGAUAGUCGGCGGUCCGCGGACCCUGCGCGGCCUGCCGGCGACGUCGCGGUCGUCGCCCAUCCGGGCCUUCGUGGUCUUCCCUGGCGGGUACGUCCCGGAGCCCCCCGGCGGCAUCGCAGCUGGGCUCCGCGUCAGUAACGGCGACGUUGUCGCCGCAGCGUUCGACCCCGUCGGCGGCGUCGCAGAGGUCCUCGUCGAGCCCCGGCAGUCCGGCCGCGUCGUGCUCGACCUCCCGGAGAACGCCGUCGUCGACAUCUUCGGCAACGGCGUGCCCGCCGCGACCGCGGCAACGGACGCGCCGCCCGGGCUCGUCGCGAUGGGCCGCGGGUUUGAGUUCGUGGACUUCGAGCUGGCGCGCGCGUCGCUGUGGGGGACGGCUGGCGACGGAAAUGCGACGGCGACACGGCGCGCCCUGCGGGUGGUGCGCGAGCGGGCGCUGCAGAGCUCGUCGAUCGUGCGGAUCGGGGAGGUGGGGCCCGGCGGAGUGCCGCGGGCGGCGACGCGCUCCGAGGACGAAAACUGGCAGGUCCUGUCGACGCAGCUGUUGUGGCUCGCGGUCGCGCUGGUGGCAGCCACCGCCGCGCAGCUCGCCGCCUGGGGCGCCGUCGCUCUCACCGCCCGCCGGCGCCGCCCAGCUCGCAAGCCCGCGGCGGCCACCGGCCGGAGCGCGCCGCCCUCCCUCGGGGCGUUCACGUUUCCGCGGCUGCAGCUCCUCGUGCUGUUCUUCUUCGUCCCGGCAUCCGGCGCAACGAUCGGCAGCAUGCUCCGCAGCGGCGACGACGCGCAGGUGGCCGUUGCCGUCGUCUUCGCGCUGCUGGUCCCUGUCCCGCUCCUCGCCUUUAUGUUUCAUACCGUCGUCGCUACCCAAGUCUCCGGCGACGUCGUCGGCCGCGCCGUCGCCUACGAGGUCAAGCUCCGCACGCGGGCCCCGCCGGACGCAUCCUGGCUGCAUCGCUGCCUGCACAGCGCUCCGGCGGGGGAGUGGCGCUGCCGGGACGCGGCCGCCGAGGCCUUCGCGACGAAGUACGGCCUGGCCGUGCGGGACAUGCACGGCGCGCCGGUCGUGCGCCUCCACGCGACGUUCGAGCUCGACCCAGCCACGGGGCGCUACCAGCGAGGGUACUUUGAGCGCUGGGACGUUGCGCUGCGCUCCCGCGCCCCCGGCGGCGGGCUCGCGAAGUGCGCGGGCGACGGCGGUGCUCCGCGGACGAUUUCUCGCUGGGAGCGCGUCUCCGCGUUCGCUCGCGUGUUCGGCGGCACCGUGCGUUUGCUUCUACUCUUCUUGUUGGCGCUCGCGUCCACGGGGCUGGCGGAAGCAGCGCCCGCGGCGCAGCUGUCGGUCCUCGCGGUGAUCGUGGUCGUCGACGUCGCGCUGCUCCUCGCGCUCCGGCCCUUUGCGCGCGCGCAGGACCAGCUCCUCGAGUCCGUGACGGCGCUCUGCGAAACGCUGGCCGUGGCGCUGCUCGCCGCGAUCGUCGCCGUCUCCGCCCACGUGGGCGACGUCGAGGCGCGGGCGGACGCCGCCGAGGGGCUCGGGUUCGCGCUCGUCUCUCUGAUCGCGCUGGCGCUGCUUGCGAACGUUUGCAACAUGGUACGGAACGCCGUGUGCGCGCUGUGCGGCGCCCUGGCGCGAAGGACGCGCGACGACGACGCCGGUUCUUCGUGCCGCACGUCGGGGAACGGACAGACGUCCUCGGCGCCCGGCACGCCGGAGUGGACGGCGUAUAACCCCCUGUGCGAUGCGCGCGGAGAUGCCGGGCCGAGCAUGUGGGCGGACGUGGAGGAUCCGUCGCCGUGGGGCGCGCCGGUGCGCGGGCAGAAGCACCCGCGAGUGCUCGCGGCGAAGUACAGCAACCGCUGGCGGCUCGCGGCCGGCGGGCGGCGUCUGUCGACGUGGCCGACGCUGGCGCCGCGAACGCCGGCGGAGGUGCUGGUCGAGAUCCGCCACGUGGCUCUGCUGCGCGCCGCGGACUACCCCGACAGGACGGCCGCGCAGAUACUCGAGCUCAUGCUCCAGUCUCUGCGGAAGAAGCACAAAGACCUCGGUUUCUCAACUGCCGAGAAACAAGUCGCGUUCGACGCGAGCAGCAAGGCCUCCGACGGCUGCGAGGACAGCAUGGUCCGCGGCAAGUUCGCCGGCGGCUUCCUGCCCAGCCAGCCCUCGCAGGGCACCUCCGGCUGCGAGCGAGACGCGACCAGCGGCGCCGCCGACAUCCUUCCAGCAAGGCGACGCAUGCGCCUGGACGCCGCGGUCUUCCUGCACCGCGAGGACUCCUUCGGCGUCCUCGGCGACACCCCGCGCACCUCCUCGAGCGCGCUGCAGCAGCGGCGCGUCGUGGAGCCUCCGGAGAUGCACCGCGCCCCCUCAGGGUGCGCUGCCUCCUCGCUCGAGCUCGCGGCCGCGCGCCGGGCCGCGCGCGGCUCGAGGGACUUCGUCUCGCAGCAGAGCAGCCACGGCCGCCACGUGACCUUCGCGGUCGGCACGAGGUGCACGAUGGGCCAUUCUACGUCCGACGGCAAGUCGUCGGCGUCAGGGGGCGCGCUGUCGUGGCCGUCGAUCGACGAAACGCUGCCCGCGGGGUCGCAGAUCCACGACCCGGCGCGGUCCCCGUACUCGCCGGUGCGGCACGCGCCCACGCGGGAGGACCGGCGCCCAGCGGUGCGGUUCUCCACCCAGCUGGAGGUGUGGGGCAAAACAGCCGCCCCCGCCCCGGCCCGCGUGCACUCCCCGCUCGGGUUCGCGCCCGGUCCGGCGCUCGACCACGCGCGGGAGGCCGCGGUCCAGCGCCUGCGACCGUUCGUGCACGCGUCACCGCCGGAAUCGGUCGACGGUGACGGCGACAACGACGGCCCCAUUCGUGGCGCGUGCGGUGGCAAGCACGAGGGCCAGUCGGCGAACAGCGGCGCGCGCGAUCUCGGAAGCACCUUCUCCGAUGGGUCCCGUGCACAGAGCGGGCGCAGUUCGCGCCUGCACUUCGCAGCGUCGCGGCCGCAGUCCGGCGCGCCGUCGACCGCGCAGACAAGCAGCGGCGUGGCGAGCCUGCUGUCUUCGAUGACGUCAGGGGAGGAGUGA